AUGGCUGAAAACGAGGAACUCACUGGACCAGUAUCACAAGAAGACAUAGAAGCAGCAGAAAAAUAUAAAAAUGAGGCAAAUGAAUGUUUUAAAAAACAGCAUUACAAUAACGCAAUUGAAUUGUAUUCUAAAGCAAUAGAAAAGAACCCAAAAAAUGCCAUAUACUACGGUAAUAGGAGUAUAUCAAAUUUAAAACUUGAAAAUUUUGGUUAUGCCUUGAGUGAUGCAACGAAAGCAAUAGGUUUGGAUAAAACUUACAUUAAGGCCUAUUACAGGAGAGCAGCUGCUAAUAUGUCUUUAGGAAAAUAUAAGCAAGCGCUUAUGGAUUUCCAAUAUGUCACCAAAGUUAGGCCAAAUGACAAAGAUGCCAAGUUGAAAUAUAAUGAAUGUAACAAAAUAGUUAUGAAAAUUGCUUUUGAAAAAGCAAUAGCAGUAGAGAAGAAAGAAGUGAAUAUAGCUGAUUCUAUUAAUUUAGAUUCUAUAACUAUUGAAGAUGAAUAUGUGGGUCCAAGUCUGGAAGAUGGAAAGGUUACUCUCAAGUUUGUGACUGAACUUAUGAAGUUCUAUGAACAUCAAAAGAAGCUUCAUAAGAAAUAUGCAUAUAAAAUAUUAAUAGAUGUCAAAGCAUAUCUUCAAAAACAGCCGUCUCUAGUAGACAUCAAAGUGGAGGAUGAUAAAAAGUUCACCGUAUGUGGAGACAUUCAUGGCCAGUACUACGAUUUAAUGAACAUAUUUAAACUUAAUGGAUUACCUUCGGAGAGCAAUCCUUACUUGUUUAACGGUGACUUUGUUGACCGCGGCUCAUUUAGUGUUGAAUGUAUAUUUACCUUAUUCAGUUUUAAGUUGUUGUAUCCGGACCACUUCUUUAUGUCUAGAGGAAACCACGAAACGCUAGACAUGAACAGGGUAUAUGGUUUCCGAGGCGAAGUAACCUCUAAAUACUCAUCACAAAUGGCUGAUCUCUUCACUGAGGUGUAUCAUUGGCUGCCAUUAGCCCAUUGCAUUAAUUCGCGUGUGAUUGUGAUGCAUGGAGGUCUAUUCUCGAAGGACGACAUCACGCUCGAUGAUAUCCGCAAAGUGGAGAGGAAUAGGGAACCGCCAGAAGAUGGUAUAAUGUGCGAGCUGCUCUGGUCAGACCCUCAGCCCAUGGAAGGCAGGUCCCCAUCCAGAAGGGGCGUGGGCUGCCAGUUCGGCCCUGACGUCACAGCCGCAUUCCUUAAAACCAACAAGUUGGACUACGUCAUACGAAGUCAUGAGGUCAAAAAUGAUGGUUACGAGGUGGCGCACGACGGGAUGUGUAUCACGGUCUUCUCGGCGCCUAAUUACUGUGACACAAUGGGGAACCUGGGAGCAUUCAUAACUAUGAACGGGAAGGACCUCAAACCCAACUUCACGACGUAUGAAGCUGUUCCUCAUCCGGACGUGAAAGCUAUGGCGUACGCGAACUCAGUUCUCAGCAUGCUCUACUAA